AGCCUAUUGCUACAUUGGAGUUCUAUGUGGUAUAUUCAGAAUCUGCAGAAUGAAAGCUUUCAUUUUAAAUUAAAAAACACCCACAAGAACAAAACCCAGGCUGUAGACUUCAUGGUGAUAAAGAUGGGCUCAGGAGCAUAGCUCAUCAAAGCAGAACUCACUACCCUCACCGUCAUCAUAAGCAUGGUAACUCUAAAUGUAAAUAUUUAUUUUUUCUCUGGGUUUUACUAAUUAAGUUGGAUCAUUCUAGAUGAUGCGAUAGAGAAGAGCUCUAGAAAAAUGAUAAAAAUUUUCUAUUGUGAGUUUUUAAGGAAAAUGUAAUGCAAAAGAAAAAGUGAAUUAUAAUUGUGGAAAGAAAAAACAACACAAAAAGGACAUUUAAAAAGAUCAUGAAAACAUUUAAAAAGACAUUUAAAAAGAUCAUGAAACAACAGUGGAAAUAAAGGGCAGCAGCAACACCCAGCUUCCCCCCUAUCUUCCAUAAAUUUUCACUUUGAGUCGAGGAAAAAACAUCUGUCCAUUACCUGCUAUUUUGUAAGUAACUAUAUAUAUUUAUAUAUAUAUAUAUAUGUGAAGGUAAAUACUUAAAUUUUAUGCUUAUUGCUGUUUGGCUUUUUGAAGCAGUUCUUCCCAGAGAAAGACAUUGAAACUUCCAUCCUAUAUUAAAUAGUGCAGGUGCUGUUCAUAUGAACAGCCACGAAGACAAACCGUAGCUUCCAGGAGUUCGCUAUGCGUCCUAGUGGCUAAUUUUUAAGCUUUGGCAGACUUAUAAAAUAAGAGUUGGCUACAACUAUAAAUGUACAUCAGGGUUUUUUGGUUUUGUUUUUGUAGUUUGGGGUUGGUUUUUUUAAUGCAGCAAUUUGUAAUGGCCAAAAGCAGCCCAGACUUUGAAGACUGGGUCUUGUGUAAGAAAUUCUAUCACUCUAAAUGCACACUGUGUUGCUGUGCUACAGCUAAUGGCAGAUUUCCAUCCUGGCAGGUCCCACAUAGACAUUUUCAUUCAUAACACCUUGAAAGCUAUUUAAAAACAGAGAAUCCCAAACAACUAGCCCUGAACACUUCUGAGUGUCUUGGCACCCUACUUACAGUCUGGAACACACUAAAGACACAGAAUCAUUAAAUGCUUAUGGUUUGUGCUUUUCAAGCUGUGAGUUGCCUUCUGUACUAAUGCAGGGACCCAGAAAAUUCUGAAAAUAAACUUGUGUUUAAAUGGGAGGAAAAUGCUGACCACAAACCAGUAGUUUUUAAACUGUUUAAAAUAACUGUAUCUAAACCAAAUACAAAUACCCGCUUCCUUGGUGGUAGCCUCCCUGAAUUUACUGCUUUUACUUAGUUAUUUUCUAAACAAAACUUAGCCACCAGAAAAAAAAGUUAGUACUUCAUACUUUGCCAGGAGAUUUUAUAUGGAAACAUUUUUUAGUCACUGUUGCUGGCAGGGGUGUACUGUUCUGUAGUGUCAAAUUGAUAUUAAAUGUGAAUUAAUGCAUUAGAUUAAUUAAGAGUAAGAGAAGACAAAAAUUUUCUUUACUUCUCAUAGGCAGUACCUAACUCCUUUAUGAUCAGGAAAGCCACUUACUGAUAGACUUUUAUUAUACAAAAAUCAGACUAAGGAACUGUUAGUGUGAAAUUGUGAGUAGUCUUGUUUCCUGUGAUUUUCAGGGGGUGCUUAGCACUCAUGCCAUGGUUUCCAGAGUUCGCAGAUAAAACCUCAAUUAAUUACAUCAAAUGCAGUUUCAAGUGCAUCCUUUAACAGGUCAAACCUGAAAGGAUUAUGGCCUAUGUUUCCAUUAUUUUCACUAGCACUAGAUGCCCAAGGGAAAAAGAUUAUAUAUACAUAUGUAGAAGGAUGUAAAUAUACAAGUGAACUCUUAAUGUGAGGAAAGACUCUCAAAUGUGUAUUUCACACAUAGAAAUAAAGGGGUCUUAACAACUUUUGCCAACAUUCACAAUUAAGUAACUUCACCCAAACUUUCUGCAUUUUCAAUGUGGAAAAAUGUUUCUUAUGUCCAAUUACUUUAACAGCACAGUUUCUUGCUCAUUUUAUUCUCAUUAUGUCUUUUUUUCCCCCUCUUGUUAUUGAGAAAAAGACUUUUCAUAUUACUUAACAGUAACUGAAGAUUGCCAAAAACUCAACAGCAAGAAUUUUUUUCCUUAUGGAACUGUAACAGCUAUCCCACAAGAUGGAACAGCUAAUUAAUCAAUUUGGUUCCCAGUUAUAAUAAAGAUUGUUUAAAGGGAUACCUGCUAGAAAGGACACCUGUGUAGGGUGGCACAUAAGCUGAGUGCUUUCUGAAAGAACAGUGAGGAACUGCUGUUUGCUGCUUAAAGCAGGGGCUCUGAGUACUCUGCCUACAAAAAGCAAAGUGUUGGUCUAGUAAUUAAACAGGUCAUGGAGUAGUGAAUUCAUGUUGGAUUUCACCAAAGGUUGCUUGAAACAAACUUUCUGCUGUUGCCAGAAUGAACAAAUCCUAAAUGGUAAGUGCAAAAAAGGGUAAGUAAUAAAACUGAUUUUCUAAGACUGAACCACAAAAGAAUAUAUAGAACAGCAACUGAGUUCUUUUCUAACUGACAAGUAUUACUACACUGCAAAACCUAUAAAGAGCUUAUUUUUUCUGGACUUGAUCUGGUAUGUCUGUAGCAGUGCCUCACCAAUAAUAACUGAAUUGUAUCAACAAUUUGGAGAGGAUCACUUGAAGCUCUCUGGUUUCUAGACUUGGCAUUUCUACAACCAUGUAUUUAUUUCUGCUUUACUGAAAUUACAAAACAAUGACCAAAAUCUUCAGGUUAUUAUAUUCUUAUAGAAUAUAGAAAGAAUUAGAAAUAAUAUAGAAAAUAAUUUUAUGUCAGUGCAUUCAAAUAUUUAUAGAUUUAAUAAAGUAGUCAAAGUGCUUGAUUUGGCUAAUAAAAGAUUAACAUCUGCAAAAAUAGAUUGCUUUUUUUUGGGGGAUUGAUUUUUUAAAUAAAAUGAACUAGGUAUCCUAGCAGAAUGAAGAGUUACAAUGAUGUGAUUGCUAAGAACCACUUGGUAUAGCUUAGUAACUCAUUUAGUAAACUGGGAGUACAAAUGCCUUAUUCCUGCCUGAGUGGAGAAGGAAUAGUGUUGUUGAGAACAUUAUAUUUUUAGGGAAGAGUAAGGGCACAUUCUCAGGAAGAAAAAAGGAAACAUGGGAGGGAAAGCUAAAAUUCCACAAAGUGACUCAAGAACUCUGGCUUACUUGAGAUGCUGCAGGAGAAGCAAUGCAUUCCACAUGAUAGGCUUGCAGGCUCUCCAGACAGUCCCCAGCAACAGCUGCUUGCCAGAAGACAGGCAGGAAAAUGAUUCUGUUAACAUGUUUACUUGAAUGUUCCAGAUUCAGACUCAUAUGUUGGCAAUUUUCCCUAUUAUCUUCUGUAUCUGCAGUUAGUCUCAGCUUUGGAUGUUGCCCGCCUCUAACAUGCAAUUUGCAGCAUGGUUGCACUUAUUUCCAUGCUCUGGGGCAAUGGAAGUCUAGGAAACUCCUGAAUGUUGACACCAUGCUCUUCCCAUUUUAGCCCUUUGUAAUGUCACUGCCUAUUCUUGUACUGCCUGAAAGCUGGCUUGAUUUUAUGGCUGUCUUAGGAACAUUUUGUUUUGUGGACCAAAGCAGCAUACUUCCAGCAUUUCUACUUCAACAGAAUCACUUUUGAUUUUCUACUUCACCAUGACAUCUCAAUAACUGGAGAGAGUACAGAGAAGCAGAAAUGGGAUCCCAAAAAUGCUAGCCCUUUAUUUGUAUUUGAUAAAUAUAGCUGUUUAGAGACCCAGGUGGAAUUUCCCCACCUAGAAAUUUGAAAGAUAUGAAGGAGUGACUUCUCUUGAUAAGAUUUGCUUUUAAGGUAAAGAGUGCACAUCCUGCCUUUCUCUUCAUUGGAGCACAUACUCGCUGGCAAGGCUGGUGAGUGGUAGGGAAGAAAAUAGGAAAGCACAAGCCAAAUGAAAACUGAAAGCAGUAAAACCUUAUAAUCUUGCUUUGACAAUUCUACACAGUUCCACAACUUCAGAAAGCUUCUAAAAAAUAAUUAUUAGAAAAAUAUCCUACAACUCAAAGAAGCAAAAUGUUUAUAGAUUGAAGAUCAAAAAAAGAGUUUCAUUGCACAGGUAACAAUGACCGGCCUAUGACCAGUACAACAUUCUGGACAAAAGGUGCACUAUGUGUCUUAUUUUAUCUCAGCAAAAGCUCCUUCUAGGAUGGAGAAUAAGUAAAAAUAAUUUAUUGGAAGAGUCUUGCUCCAUAGUCACAAUUUGCAAUUUGCAAAGACAAAAUUAAUUUGACCUUUGCUAUUGAUGUUCUCAGGUCAAACGGAUCUGUUGCUUAGGCAUGGAACUCAGUACCAAAAAGAGUAAAAGGAUCAUCCCGGUUUGUUUGUGCCAUUCAAACACUAAUUACUUGAACUCCUUUGUCUGUAUUACUCCUGGUAAGAUAACUUCUACAGAGGUAUUUCUAAAGUGUCCACAACAGCCAGUUAAAUUAGCUGCCAGAACAAAACUGACUGGACAAUCUCAGCACUUUUGUUUGUUUAUAAAAUGAACAGCCACCAAGUUUCUGAAAAAAUCAUUCAAAUGCUUUAAGGGAUACUGUAACUUAUCUGAAAUAUCCAGGUCUAAGGCUUAGCUCUUAGAUGACUUGUCCAGCAUGGAAAAAUAGAUAAUAUUGUAGCUGGUAAAAGAGACUCUAAUCUUAUUCUAAGUAGAGCUCUGACAAGUCAGUUAUUGGUCACUGGAAAUUAGAAACAUUUCCUGUCUUAAAAAAGUUACAUCAGAAGCACAAAAUAAUGGCCUAUGGUGAUAUGGUGUGUUGCUUAGACAAGCAUUUAUGUACACUUACGUUUAGGCUGCUGCUCUCAAAAUGUAUUAAUGGUAUAGCAAUGGUGACAGCAGUUGCCAAGUACCUUACAUGUAAUACUGGCAGGAAUCCAUUGCUACCUCUUCAAAAUAAUCUCUGAAUCUUUGUCAGUUUCCUAGGUCUUAUUUUAUCUGUCUGCUUUGAAGUUCUUCCAGGUCUGAAGUCAUAAUUAUCCUACAUCUGACAAUGCAGCAACCCAAAGAAAGAAGUGCAUGUUAGAUCAUGUCCCAACAGAACUGCUAAGAGGAAAUACACACUGACAAAGUUGGUAAUGUACUGAAAAAAAAACAUUGUCUCUAGGAAGCUCUGAAAAAGAGUAGAGAUUAUGAACUGCUGUAGAACCUAUGCACAGUAAUACCACAAAACCAGGUAUUUAUUGCAUCCUUGCAAGGAGACUUGAAAGCCCCAUACAGGGUAGUGUCAUUUUUAUGUGGGGGGUUAUUUUCCAAACAGAUUAUCAAGUGCGUCAUUCAGCCCUCAGCAGUCAACUGUAUCAUGUCGAGUUCCCACCCCAAGUAAACAUGAAAUCCACUCAGACAUGGUAGCUGUGCUGAGGAUUGCUUCUGAUUCUGCGCCAAUCUGAUAUUUGCACCAGGUGGGCAAGAAGAGGUGGAAGAAGAGGAAAUGCAGAGGAGUACAGGCCGGAGUUACUAAUGGUGCUGCCUGAAAUCUCUUCUGCAUUACAGAUGUUCCAUAAAGAACAUUUAACUUUGUCUAACAAAUUAUUUUGUACUUUGUUCUGUUUUGGUUUAUUUAACAACCUCCAAGCUUUAGAAUUUCUUCAGUUAUAAUUGCUUUAAAAAUUGUUCAUCAUUACUUGGUAAAACUAGGCUUCAUAUUCAGUUCAAUGGAAUUUUGUGUCUGAUCUUGUUAUUUGCUGCUUUAACAGGGUAAACCAGUUUGAGCUAUAGGAAUUCACAAAAGUCUUCUGAGAAAUAUAGUUUUAGCUUAAGUAAAAUCCAGUUGAGUAGAAGAUUCCUAAAUGGGACUGUUGGGAUACUGGAUGUAAUCAAAGCUUGUUGAAAUCAGUGGGAACUGGAAGCAUUUUGCAAUUGAGAGAUUUUGUUCAUAGGAGACAAGUUAAAAUAAACAUUUCUGUCAGUUUUUAUGCUUUACAGAGACAAAAGUUAAAUUUUUCUGACCAUAAUAUUAAGAUGACCUGUGUGCCUCAUAAGCUAAUGACAAUCUGGCACCCUGGCAAGAUUAUGCAUGAGUGCAUUCAUCAUUAGGACUUGGAUUGUCUCUUCAAUGCUGUGAAAUUUAACAAGUGUUCUACUUGCCAUUGUGAGUAGAAUGAGCAACCAGUUAAAUCCUGAGGGCAGGUCACACCAAAUCCAUGCAAACUAAAGCUAAAUAUCUUUAUACAAGUGCUGCUCAAGUCAAGCUUUUCUUUAAAACGUCAGUGUGUAUUUUUAGGAGAUUAAAGAAAAUAAUGAAGAAAUAUAUUUGCAUCCCACUCCAACCUGGCUUGGUCUUCAUGUCUCUAUGUAGAUAUUUCCAACACUUUAGUAAGUAUGGUGUUUGAAUUGGCAGUAUUCUACCAAAACUAUUUUAAGUUUCAUAAAACCGUUUCAUUUUCUAGGCCUCAGUUUAAGUGUGAGAUACCAGAGAGAUCAAAUGCUAGCCAGAGUACAUAGUAUUUUUUUUCUUUCAAUCAAUUAAUGAACUGUACUUCGACACUACAUGUAUUUUAAAAGUAAGCUAAUCAAAUACCAGAAAAUUAGUGCUGAAUAUAUGUUUGGGCAUAUCCUCCUACCACAUUGACAGGCUUCAGAGCAGCUGAAUGUUCUACACCAAAACAAAAAGCAACUGCUGACUAUGUGAUUUGACCCAACUGGUCUAAUCUAUCAUGUUACAUUUUUGGCAGGUCUGUUGUCUCUUUUGUAAUUCUUUUUUUUUUUUGUCCCCUUCUGUUUUCGUCUCUAACUUCCUACAAUGGGCCUUUCCAUACCUAUUGGAAUUGUCUAAGUUUUAGCAUUCCCUUUCUUUGCUAGUGGACAUUUGAUAUAUUUAUGCUGUCCAAUAGAACAAUGUCCACGUCCUCCUGCAUACUUAGGCCAGACUCCACGUAUGAAACUGGUUAGUAUCUGUACUAUAUUUGGAGCACUCAAUUAAUCCAGUGAGAAGGGGGCGAUCAUGAUGGCAAGACUGUGCUCCAGGUAGGUACAUCAGUGUCUUUAAGUGCGCUUCUCCUCUGCAGUUUCUGUGUGCGCUGUCUCUUCUUCAUCACAGCACUCCUACUUUAUCUGUAAGUGCUUAUGACUGCGGCGGCUUAUCUUUCUGGCGGGUCUGUGAACUCCCCAACCUCCACAACAGCCGCUCGGCACAAAACCCGUGACCACCCGCUCCCCUCCUUGGCUGCCGGCGGGAGCGCAGUCGGGCUGCCAUCAUGGCAGGGGACAGGCUCACACAGAAAAUUAUUUUCUAAGGCGGAGUUGUGAAUGCGACGGGACGCUCGGAGAGGGCAGGGUGGAGGGGCGCGGAGGAUCGCGGAGUGCCGCCCUGCUCCUGCUCCCGCCCCCGCUGCGUCCGUCCCGUCCCGUCCCGUCCCGUCCCGUGCCCCCGGGCCCGAGCCCGACCCCGCCCGGCCGCCGGCUCGCCCCUCAUUCGCGGCGCUCGCUGCCGCGCACGGGGCUCGAAAGAUGGAGGACUACGGGCGAUUCCUGGCGCUCCUGGCCUCUUCGCUGCUGGUCGGCUUCGUGUCGGUCAUCCUCUCCCUCGUCUGGGUCUUCCACUACCGCGAGGGGCUGAGCUGGGACGGCAGCCCGGGGGAAUUCAACUGGCACCCCGUCCUUAUAAUCACGGGCUUCGUCUUCAUCCAGGGCAUCGCUAUUAUUGUGUACAGAUUGCCCUGGAUCUGGAAGUGCAGCAAACUCCUAAUGAAGUUCAUACAUGCUGGAUUAAAUACUAUCGCUAUGAUUCUUGCAAUUGUUUCUAUGGUAGCCGUGUUUGACUUCCACAAUGCCAAGAACAUUCCUAACAUGUACAGUCUGCACAGCUGGAUUGGGCUGACUGCUGUUAUAUUUUAUUCUCUCCAGCUGUUCUUGGGUUUCGCUGUCUUUCUGCUCCCGUUUGCUCCAGUUCAUCUCCGCGUAGCUCUCAUGCCAAUACAUGUUUAUUCGGGUCUUACCAUCUUUGCAACGGUGAUUGCAACAGCUCUCAUGGGAAUCACAGAAAAGCUUAUAUUUGCAUUGAAAAAUCCUGCAUACAGUGCAUCCCCACCAGAAGCAACUUUGGUCAACUGUCUUGGUAUUUUGCUUGUCAUAUUUGGCUCACUUAUUUUGUGGAUGGCAAGCAGGCCCCACUGGAAGCGGCCCCCAGCAGAGAAUGCUAAAAUUCUGAGGCCCACUGGAGCAACUCCUGAAGGCACAGAAGUAGAAUCCACAAUGACAAACAGUAGUAACGCAGAUAAAUCUGAUCUGAGGAGCAAUACUGAAGCAGCCAGAAAACAAAACAUCAAAUUUGAUGAAGCAGGGCAAAGAUCAACUAUGUAAAGAAAAUACACAGUAUAAAAGUACUAUUAUACCUCCAAAUUCCCCCUGGUGAGGGUCCUUCUAAUGUAGUUAUAUUGAUAUGUAAGUAGGUUGGGGGUUCAUUUUUAGUAUGGCUUGCUGAAAGAUACUCAAGUUUUCUGCAUAUGGAUUUAAAUUCCUGUAAGUCCCUAACAUAUUUUAUUGCUCCAUGACUAGUCCAUGCCUCGUUUAAAAGAACAAGAGCAUGAAUGACAUCACAUAAUGGGAAAAUCACAUGACUGGAAACUGUCUUACAUAUCACUUCCUAAUUUAAUGCUUAUAUCUCUUAUAGAAAUAAAAAAUUUAACAAGAUUCAGAAUAAAUUUAGCUAUUGAGUACUUUUGCAGGUUAUGAAUCAGCCAUGAAGUAUACCAUACAAAAUAAUUUAGUUUGUCACACAUAAACUUCCUGGUAGUUUUCACUUUUUUAAAGCUCUGAUUUCUCUAGCUGAUUAACCCCCUCACUGGCUGCUAUGUUCUAUGGGAUUUGAGGUCAUUCCGCACUUUACAGAGUUGCUUCAUAAAAAUGUUUAUUUUAAAAUUUUUAAUUAAAAAUAAAACAUUUGCUAUAUAUCUUCAUAAAAUGUUAUAUUUCAUUUAGAAACUUCUGGGGGAUCUUGAUCUUGUUUUUUUUUAAAUCAGAAUGUAUCUGUUGACCUUUCAACAAAUUCUACCAAAUAUACUGCAUACAGACAAUAUUUGGCUUUGAAUUAUGUGCAAUUAUUAGUGUAAUCUAAGAAAUGUUAAAGACAUCCAAAUGCAGAAUUUGUCUUAUUUGAGAAGCUAUAGAAACACACUUAGAAAAAUGUAUCAUUUAAACUAAGUCUUCCUUUUAUCCCAGAAAGCAGCAUUUUAGUAUCUUUAUUUGAUUGCAGUUCUGUUGACUUAUGGUACUAGACUAGAAAUUAGGAGGUUAGAAACCAGAAAAAUCUGCUAUCAGUCUCACAGAUAAAAAAUUAUCUUCAAGUGAGAAAUACUUUCUCCAAGACACAGGUGAGCUUUGCUCUUUUAAUAAAAUGCUACCUGUUAACUGAAAGCCAGUUUGGGUAUCUCCACACUGACAUCAAAGGCAUUAUUACCAUAGGCAUGAAGACAUGUUUUAGUCUGUAAGCAAUCUAUACAAACUCAAUGACUUUUACAUUUGAAAUUACAGAUUUAAAUAAUGCAAUUUGCUCUAAAUAAUGAAGAGUCCCUACUGGCACUUUACUUUUAUAGCUCUUUCUAGUAAUUGAAGUAUUAAUGUAUUAUGCUCAUUCAUUAAUUUCACAGAUAUAAACAAUAUUUACACUUACAUUUUACUAUUGUGGAAGAAUAAUUAUAGUAGAUUAUUUGGACUGCACAUGUCCAAAAUGAUGAGCCAUUCUAUUAUCUCCUGUAAAAGCUCCAGAGCCCACUACAAAUACAAAUUUACCACUGUUCUUGUUGGAAUAUAGUUGCAGACAGCAAAUAAUUUCCUAUUUUUAAAAUACUACACAAAUUUUUAUCUACUCCAGCUUUUAAAAACAUACUAAUACAUUACCCUUCAACAAAUGAGCCAUUUUUGUAGUUGACUGUGUGUUAGUACAAACUAUUUUGGACAUAUGAGUUAUUUUGGGUCUUCUCUGACAAGAAGUACCUCAGUUCCUGUUCUUUGAUUUGUGAUAAUAUUUUAUUAUUUGGUGAAUGCAGUAUAGAAAGCUGGCAUAAUAAAGUAUUUUAAAAACUUUUCUGCUGUACCAUUUGGUACUCAAGGACUACAUCCCAGAGUUCUAUGGUUUCAGUUAUAGGUUUGUGGGUGACUGGGACCAACCUCACAUUGGUAUAUUUUUCCACUGUAGAAAAUACCUGCUUUUAAUGUACAGUUCAGGUAUGGCAGAAGGAACACUAACCUAAACUGCUAAACUAAUGUGUGAGCACUUCUCCAGUCCCACUGUGUGCAAUGAAUCAAACACUGAAGCAUGGCAGAGAAAGUGAAUAAACAAGCUCACUUGCAGUAAUUUACUAUGCAGUUUUCUAUACUGCACUUGCACAGGCAACAGCAUUUUAAAUUGUUAUGUAUUGGCCCGUUCCUGUGUCUCAUCCACCUGUGAAAGUGAGCUCAUGCAAUCCCUGCGUAGUACUAGGUCACAUAAUAAAAGCAUAUGUUUGCAUGGAAGGUAGUCAGUUUCCUAGGGAUUGUUCUGGAAGAAAGUAACUGUACAGUGUACUGGAAGAAACACAGAAUCUAUGACUUCUUUUGUUACAGCACUGAGCUGAAUGUAUUGAAAUGAACAGCUUUUAGGUGGUUGGUUCUGUAUGCUGUUAAAUAACCAGCAUGCAUGCCUUCUGGUUUCCAUUGUGUUCCAUUUACUGUUCAAGGGGAAUGCUACUUGAAAAUAGAAUGGUGGCAUUUCUUUACUUCUCUAUUCUCAUGCAGUGCAAGGUAUAAGUAAUACCAAGGUUGUGGGUUCAAACCCAUAUUGGGCCAUCUGCUUAAGGGCUGGACUCGAUGAUCCUUCUGGGUCCCUUCCAAUUGCAACCAUUCUGUGAUUCUGUGAUAUAAAACUAACUGAAAAUCUAACUAAGGAUUAGCAACCUUUCGAGGGGAGCCUCCCAGAAUAUAAUUUUGGUUUUCAACUUAGAGGUUAAACAUGACAGUAGAAACUCAGUGGAAGCUGGAAGAUUCCACUUGGGGAAUUGGUAAUCAGUGAUAUCUCAUGUGCAUGAACUGUGGGAGUCUGGUUGCUGGUCUUUGGAAGGUCCCCAUGAGAUGCAGUACCUGUGAUCUCCUAAACCUUGAUCAGUCUUGGUAUGUGCAAUUUAAAACUGUAAACAUACUAUAGACUUCUGGCUUAAUUCUAAAUUUAUUUAAAAGGCCUUUAAGUAUCCUUGCAAAAAAAUGAGGUUAAUUCAGUGCUAAAUAAAAAUGCAUUGGUGUUUGGAGAGUAAUAGUCCUAAAUCUGCUCCUCAAAGUGGCCUUCCAUUAACUUUCCUUUCAUGCAAAUUUUCUUUCCUGUAUUUAUGAGUUAAAUAAAUACAGUAGCAACAUAGGAAAUGAAAAAAGUGUAUUUUCAGAGAUGCAAAUGGAAGAUAGAACUCUAGCUUUUUCAUGGGUAUUUUUCCGCAUGUUUGGAAAUCAUCUACCUGGUUGUUUUUACAGGAAUGUGAUUGUAGAGCUUACAUUCCAGGUUAGAAUUCCUGUAAAAAACCAGGAAGUUACAAAACCUAACAUUGAAAGUGCUAUCUUUUUAAGUUGCCUGGGAAAAAAAUACUAUAUUUACAUGUUGUCAUACAGUACUAAGCACAGAAACAGAAGUGUUUUUUCCAACAUUAAGGAACUGAGAAAUGAUGGUGCAAAUUAGAUUCUAAAAUUGAAUGUAAUUACAUGUAUACAUCUUACUACAUGUAGCCAAGAAUAUUGCAUAUGGUAAUGUAAAUAUGGAAUACUUGUUUACAUGGAUAUUUUAUUGAGUGACUAAGAGAUAUUGCCAAAUAUUUUCUAUUUCAGAAGUAUCUUUCUUUUGCAUUUAUUUCAGAACAUUCCUUCCUCUGUUUUUAACUGUCCACAAGAACCUAAAAAUUUAUUUUAUUACCCAAAGUACUUAUUUGUAGAUGAGAGCAAAUAUUUCAUUAUAAUGUCUGUUUUCCUUAUUCUUUUUUAUAUAUUAAUAAAAGUGAUUUUUUGAGCUUGUGAUACUACUGAGUACAGAUUUUUGUUAUGGUACUAAAAAAAAACUUUCUAAAUUUGGAUAAAGAUCAAAUUAUUCGUAAAUGACUUUUUGAAAACAGGAGGACAGUUGUACAAAGUUUCUUAAAUAUGUCUUAAUUUCAACUAUUUAUGAUCUUUAUGAUGAAAUUUAUGUACGCUGUAGUCUUAGGAACAUAGUAUUUAACAGAAAGUGAAAGAAUUCACUGUAUAAACAAUUCAUAUCUCACCUUCUGAUCAUAACAGAAGUUCCUCACAGCAGUUGUUAGAGGGAGGUAAAAAAAAAACCAAAACUAUCCUGUCAUGAGAAUGCGAUCACAAAUAUGGGAAGAUCAAGCAUUCUGAUAUAUAAUGACAACAUAGUGCACUGUAAGACUGAAAUACCCUCAGAUAAGUAACAGCCAGACUAAGCACAGACUCCAUGGAAUCUUACCCAAUUCAACAUCUGCAUAUCAAGUUACUCAUAAACAGGUUAAUCAUCACAAAAUGCUAUAAAAGUAAAAUCAUCUGUAUGAACGUAUUGGUAACAACUAAGAACUAAGGUAUUCUAGAGUUUAAUAAGUUAAAUUGGAAAUUCUUCUGAAAGCAUAGAGCAUAAAUUAUUUGUGAAUACCAUAAGCUGUUGGCUAAAAUUUUCCAACAUUUUCAUCAUCAUGGAUUAAAAAAACCAUACUACUACAAACGUCAACGUAGCAGAAAACCUGUUGUAUUCAAACCUGACAAUUCCCUGUUGCUGAGAACUUCCCUUAACUGUUGCCUGUAGGCUGGAUGUGUUGGGGAAAAUUCUGGUGAAAUAGUCCAUGUUUUUAAAGUAUGGUGAUUAUUAAAAAAUUCAAUAAAAGCUCAAUUGUAUUUAAAAUUGAAUGAGGGGACUCAAAUUUUGGCAGGGGGACUACAUUUGUGUGGAAAAAUGUUUUUUUUUAAGUAGUUGAUGGAACACUUGUAACGUUCAAUACAGAUGUUUGCAUUGUGUUAUGGUAUGAGCAACACUUGUGAUCUCUGUACGACUAGUGGGCAGUAAUGAGGGGUAGACUAUUAGUCAGGUAGACAUUCAAGUCCAGGUCAACAAAACGGAUGACAACUAUUCCAGGCAAUUCAGCUAAGAGAAGAGAAGAGGUAAUGUUGAGAAAAUUCAGUUACUACUAUAUUCAAACCAGAAAUCUAAAAAAAUGACAGGGCCCCAGCAAGCUGUUACAGAAGAAGCAGAAACUGGGUAUAAAUUUCAACAAGCUCAGUUAUGUUCACCAAAUGUACUCAUCAUAGAGCCUCAGACAACAUAUGUUAGCAUGGGGCUUGAGUUUACAGCUGAGUCCAUGGCCACCUACACUGACUACUCUUUGGCUCUCAAAUUCCAUUAUUUUGCUGGUCACCAAGUCAUGUCAUAGUUGCAAAUACAGCUGUCAGAUUUGAAAAAGUUUUGAAAAUGUUUGCAAUUUGUAGUUCAAUUUUCACAAGCUUUUCAUUCCAACAAAAUUUAAAAAUCCCUUGAGUAGUACUCAAAUUCUGCAGGAUAUAAUCAAAUAUUAGUGUGAUUAAUAGUGUGAUGGUCUAUUUUAGUGGCAGAUGAUCCUGCUCAUAUGUGUAUACAAGCAGUAAUCCACUAGGUGGCAAGCACUACCAAAACGGCCUUUGGCAGAUGCUAGACCAGCCUUACUUAUAAGUGAUACAGUCGUCUGCCUCAAAACAAAAGCACAAAGUUAGUAGGCAAAAAACACACAGUCAUGUCAGAAUUUAUAUAUUCACUUCUCUUUUCUUUUAAAGGGCCCACUCAGAAUACAGUAUUUCUUCAUCCCUGGUGUUGGAAAUUGUUCUUUAUUGUGCUCUACCUCAGAGCUCUUAAACUUCUGUUUGUAACUUUUAAGCAUGAAAGUUUAGGAAUAAGCUCAUAUACAAGAUAUGAAAGUAGCAAGAAUUAGGAAAAAGCCAGGAACUUCCAGUACUUUUACCAUUUGACCUUGCAGUCUAAAGGAAAAAGAAAAAUUGAUCCUGAAAAAGUAAACAUGAGCGCCAAUUUCACAUAACAAAAAUGUACAUUCUGCCAUCAGAUACAUGCCAACAGCUUCUGUUCUUAAUUUAAUCUCUGUAGAUACUGGCUUCCCCAUUUAUAACUAUUUCUUCUCUUCAUAUUAUUUUAAUAAAUACUUUGCUUUAAAAGCCUUAAAAUUAUAUUUUAGUUAUAGCCGAUAAAUAAUGGAUGAGGUGCAUGGAUUGAACAAAGACGUUUGCCAGACAGUUAUUCAACAACAAUAAAAACACCUUUUUCUUCUGCAUUUCCAAUUCUACUGAAUGAUACCAGCCUUUCACAGGUUUCCAUUCCAAGAGUAGCAGCACGAAACAUCCAUUUCCAUGUAGAAAAGUAUGCUUUUUUAAAAAUCUGCAGCAAUAAAUCUGAAAUCAGAUAAAUCUUGUCCUCACUUUAUUGCAUACUGUAAGCAGUAGUUACAAGAGCCUAUUGAAAUACAACUGCAGAAGAUCUCAAAAUGCUGCAGUAGAAGUUUUCCUAGCUCUUUGAUCUGUACUGACAAUUAUGCAGCUGGGGGAAAAAAAGUUUGCAGCUCUGAAAAAAAGGCACUGUUUGUUAUACAUGGAUUUGGAUUAACUCUUCUCUGCUACCAAGCAGCAGAAACCUGAUGAUGGCACUGCAAAAACCUGGGAAGAAUUUGCCUAUCCAUGAGACUGCAACUGUAUAACCACGAGCACUAUUUGAGUCAACAAGUCUGCAUAUGGACCUCAGCUCUCCUCUUCUCAAAUAAAUGAAAGAAAAUUCACAGGCUAUACAGGCAGUCAGCAAUUCCUACAUACAACAGCAGUUCAAAACCCCUCCACAGAGCUGCUUCACUUUGGAAAAAAAGGUAUCUUUAAGUAAGAAUUUAUUCCAGAGUCUUUAGCUUCAGGGACAGGAGAGUUCCCUGUUAUUCCAGUCUCUGACUGCACUUGUACUCCAUUUGUACCUGCUUUUAGUAUGAAGUCAAAUAUUCUGGCACAGAAUCACACGGACUGCUUCUUUUGAUUUCUUCCUUUGUAAGCCUAUGUCAGUCAUCAUGCAGUCUUGUGUACUCCGUUUGAACCUCUUUUUAUUUUCAAUUGUAAUUCAGGUACUAACUAUAGGAAACUCUAUCAAGGCAUCUACACAUAGUUUGAGCUCGUAACAGCAACGCCUUGGUCUUCCUACGUGGAGGUAACUACAAUCCUGUGAGAGUCCAGAAAUUUCUGCACGUUUUGCUACAAAUUGUAUUAUUUUGCACUUUCUGACAUCAUGCUUUCCAAGCCACUGAGGUACAUGUGCUCCAUUCACUAAUUAAUAUUUCCUUCUUAUUCCAAACUCCUUUCUCCAGUUCUUCUGAGGACAUUUUACUCCUAUCUUUGUAUUCCCUGAAUCUCUGCUCUAGCAACAAAAUCUUUAUAUUUCUCAGUAUAUUUUCUCUUGUUUAAAACCUAGUCUCUCAUCCUGGGGAGGGUAGCUCACUUUAGUCUGAGUAGGACAAUUCCUUCUAAUGCCUUAAAGGACUAAUUCGCUCUGAAGUAAGCUCUCGUGGAAUGUAAUAAAUGGUUACAAAGACAUUUUGUACAUCAGCCCAAUAAGUACAAAUUGAAAUUAUAUUGCAAACCCUACUUUCAGUUGUAUUAUAUCGUCGCCAUGUUUAUGAUAGUUAUUUUUAUUAUACUUAGUGUUCCUUUGCCUAUCUCUAAACAUUUAAACAUCCCUAAGCAAAUAAUAACAGUAAUAAAAAAUACCUUGGGGUUUUGACCUAAAAUUUUCAAUUUUCAAUUAAAAAUAUUUUUGAGGCUUUAGAACCAGUCUGUAGAUAAAAUACAUAAAAUUAAUUCCACCAGCUACAUCCAACAAUUUUUGGUUACUUUGUAAUUUCAGGUCUGACUCAUUUUGAGAGAAGACAGCUUGUGUAGCUUCUAUGUAAAACACUAGGAAAAGCAGAAACUUCAAUUUGUUCUCUUUAUAGAUUUGUUUAUUCAGAAAGAAGCUUUGAAAUAAAAGGCUUUGAAAGGC